AAUAAAUACAUUCUAAUAUAAUAAUUAAUUAAAUAAUACAAAAAAUUACUCCAAAAUCUUUAUUAUAAAGUUUCCUAAAAUUUAACAAAAAAUCGUCCGUAUUUUCUUAAAAAGUACACUUUACUCUUCUAUAUCUUCUUUUUAAUUAAAUACUCAUUUUCAAGACCUUUAGAAUCAACAAACUGCAAAGCUCCUAUUUUUUUCUUUUCUAAAAAUCUAUUAACAGAAUACUACUCUUAAUUAAUCAUAAUAAGUACAGCAUAAAAGUAUUAAUAUCUAUUAUAGAAUAAAAUUUUUAGUUAUUGUAGCAUUUUAGUUGAAUUUCGCUUUUCGAGUUUACAAAAAAAAUACCAAAUAAUUCCCACAUUUAUAUCUGAAAUAUUUUUUAUUAAUUUAUGUUCUUCAUAUAUAUAAUAAUUAACGAGUUUAUUUUCUUAAAUAUCAUAAAACCAUAAAAUAGCCUAAUAAAAGUAUCUAAUUUAUUAAUGAUUUUUUUUAAUUUUUAACCUAUAAAUUCUAAAUAGAAGUACACUAAGAUAGAAUUAGACUGAAAUCCACGAGAAUUUUAAGACAAUUAUGAAAAACUUCUCUUUUAUAAUGAUAUAGUGGACUCUUCAAAACUGCAGUUGAUAAUUAAGUCAGAAUCUUAACUAAGCCACUAAUCUUAUUUAGUAAAGAAAUCUCUUGAUUGCUUAUUUAUAACUUAAAGUAAUCCUAUAAUAUAUUAUUAAUCUUUUAUAGGAACACAUAAAACAGACAUUGUCCUAUAGCUAUUUCUUUUAUCUAAUUCUCUAUUGAACCUCUCACCUUAAUUUGUGUCUAAAAUAUUUAAUAUUACUCUGUUUUAGGCUACAACUCUAACUAUUCCUUGAAUGAUUUUCACCCGAAUAUAUUUUGAGUUUUUGGUCACUUUCGUCCAGAGUUCAUUUCGGCGAAGGUCGAUGAGAAACACUAAAGCUUGAUCGCAGUUUAAUAUUUGAAAGAUUUCAUUGAUUAUAGUGUGGAAAACGUCUGUUAAGUAUAAAUAUGAGUGCAUGUUUCAUACAGAUUAUAUAAUUUUUUUUAAUUUAAGAAUUAUUUGAAAUAGACUGUGGUUCUUCUCUAGAAUGUGGAAUAGGGACUUUUAGAGAUUUAUAUAGUUACCGUUUGUAAGGUUUUAUAUAAAGUGUUUAUAGGAGAAUUGUUUUAAAUGUGCUUUAUAAGGGAAAUUUGAAUAGAUGCUUUUUUGUGUAUUUGAAUUAUUAU